CUUUCACGGACAGUUAACUCUUUGUAUAAAGUACUGUCAUAUGUUAAACAUAUUUAACAUGUGCAUCGGUUUAGAAAGAUUACAUUUGUACGUUUCUACUUUAAUUUUAUGUUUGUAAAUCGUACAAGAACUUUUAUUAGGUAUAUUAAAGAAGCCGUUCCAAGUUUCAAUGGAUUAUUUCUGUUAGUGGGAGUAGAUGUUUGAGUGAAAUGACGACAUGCCACGGGAGACGAACAAAGGUGAACCACUUGCUAAGCUAAGCACAAUUCUUAGUCGAGCUAAACUUCCUAGUAAGAUAUAAAUAUUUUCAACACUUCCACUACACGGCAACGAUGUCCCAAAACAACAGUUCGCUUAGUACAGAUGCCACAGAGAUGAGUCAAACAAGAGGAAGAUCUGUCCAAAGAACUGGGACAUCUAGAUAUCGCGAUCGGGAGAUGCCUUAUCAAAGGCGAGGACAAAAAUCAUCCCCUUCUAAAUAUCCAUUAGAAUUAUCCCAAAAUGUCACAGAGGACUGGGUAAACUUACUGGCCAUUCAAACAGAUGAAACAGUAUCACAUGCUGACGGGUCUCCACAUUCAGUACCAUCGUACAUAUCACAAGAGAGCCCUGACCGUUUACAGACAACCUAUCUAAAACGCCAGGAGUCAACAAGUAAAUCGGAAAUGCAUACCUUAUUGUCACCAACAGAGACCUACAAACAACAGUAUAGUGACUACUGUACCAGUGUCAGUGUUGAGUCAGAAAUGGACACCUCUGACCAUAGUACACCUGCUUCUUCCAUUAAUCCUUUUGAUAAGACAAAAUAUUCCGUCAGGAAAUUGAUAAGGUUUCUUCAGAGAGAUUACAAGAAAAUAAAGAGUCAGUUAUAUCCAGACGAACUUGCAGACAUUUUAUUUUCGAAAGACUUGAUUACAAAAAGUCAUCGGGAAUUUAUAGAAGAAUUGAACCACAGAAUGGAAAAGUGCGACAAACUCAUUAAAUCAAUAGUAAAAAUGUCUAGGAAGGCACGUGACGAAGAACGGUUUGUUACAAAGAUAUUAGACUCGUUUAAAAAGGCAAACUAUGAAUAUCUCGUUAAUGAUUUUGCCAACUUUGAAGAACCUAGUGAUUUUGACAAACCUCAAAUACUUGAUUCACCAGACGAUAUAACAGCUAGAACAGAAGACAGAGCGUGGACUAAAACCUUGUCCAACAUUUUAAAACAAAUUGGGGAUGAAAUAGACUUGUUGGAUAUCAUUGAUACACUACUGGUUAAAGACAUUCUAACGUUCAAAGAACACCAGUCAAUUAUUGAUGCCUCACCAAGUAGCAACAAACUAAAAGAGUUAGAGGAGUCGAUCUCUCGAAAGAACAAGAAUCAUUUUAUUGAGUUCCAUUCUAUCAUAGAAUCUGAAUAUCCUAGAGAAUUAAAAUUCGCUUAUGAUAACGAUACUGAUUUAUCAAUGGAUACAACUACAGACAUCAACUCACCAGUAAUAGAAAUGCAAGUCUUGAAGGAGGUUGCAGUUGGAAAAGAUGAUAUAGGUGAGACAGGCAUAAAGCUUGAAAUAAAAAGAGCAGCAGAAGAAGCCAGGGAUAUUGAACAAAUGAUCGUUGAGCAAAAUUCUCCACAACCGAGCGACUUUCUGGUAGAAAUGAUUUCGGAAGAUGUCCAUUGUGGAGUAAAGAAUGUAAUAUUCUCAUGCAUCGAAAUAACAUUUGAAUGCAUGUCAGAACAGUCGCGCAUGCUUCUUCUACAGAAAUGCAAAGAUUCUGAUAAGUUCUUAAAACGAUGGGUCAGAGAACUGAUAGAUCGCAGCAAAAUUGAUAAUCUUAAGAGAAAAGAAGUAAAAGAAGUGAAGUUAAAAAUUCAAAUAAACUGGCCUGAUUUUGUUAUCAGUCGACAAGACAUUGCAAGAAACUAUGUUUAUCUCAAGACUAACCUGGAACCCAAACAUUACAGUAAAAUAUUUCAAAGUAGUAAAGGGACACCUAAUAUGAUAAACGAUGAAGAAGAAGAUGAGAAAAAAAGAUGCAAACAAUUUAUAUUGUUCAUGGUUACAAAUGAACGUCCACCUUUAGAGAAACUUUCAGCAGAACUCAAAGGCACGAAAAUUAUGGAACAUAUUAAGGGAAAUGCGAAAUAUUACAAAAAAUGUGCAUGCAAGUUAACCAAAAAGAAGAUAGUUGAACAUUUUACAUUCCUGGAAAAAGAAAUGAAACAUGUAGAAAAAAUGAUAGAAAUUUUCAUUGAUUUCUAUACACUAAAUAAUGACAAAAGUGAAACAAAUGAGAGAAAGGCAAACGUUUAUAAGACUUUAAAUGAUGACAAGAAUAAAAAACGCAACGAAUCGGAGCCAUCUAAGACUGAAGCAUUUCUAAGAAUGAUUCUUAAAUCAGAAAAUGACGACAUACAAGUGUGCUUAUUUGGUGAAGCCUUAGUAGAUACGGGUCAAGAACAACUUCUCAGGAAGGUUUUAAUAAAAACAGAAGAGUCAGCAGAUAUUUGUUUAACAAAAGAUGACAUACGGCGAAACGAAAGCUUUCUUUUACAAGAGAUGGAGCCAAUGCUUUUUGUAACAAUGUUGUCAGACCAGGAUAUUCGAGAGCAGAUUGUGGAGACAAAUUCACGUGAGAAGAGAUGCAAACUAUUUUUGAAUUUCUUGAAAAAUUGUGAUUCGACGGUUAUCGAGAAAUUUACGUCGGAACUGCAGCGACUUAAUCUUAAGUCCAUCAUAAAUUAUCUCUACAGUUCAAGGCGUCAGGGUCAGUUUGUGACAAAAGAUGACAUUAGCCGAAACAGAGCUUUCCUUGAAGAUAUGUUAGAAUCAAAGAAAUUGCAAGAUAUUUUCACAAGUGAUGGCAGAUUAGACGUUAUAAUGUGUACAGAUGAACAUGUUUUCAAAAGGUUUACAACAUACUUGGAGAAAGAGAAGCCAGAAAUUGUGACUUUUCUGGUUCAAUCUAGAGAAGAAGAUAAAAACAUGCGAUCAGUUAUGGAAAGUCUUAUAGAAGCAUACAGCU